CUGCUACAAUGAGACUGAUGGGAUCAAGUCGUUGUUCUGGUGAACUCCAGGUGAAAAGCAGAAGAGAAUGGAGAGCCGUUGAUGCCUGGGGAUUUCUAAGAACAGAGACAACAUUAGCAUUUGUGUGCAAGAACCUGAAGUGUGGACCCCACAUUUCAUCAACAACUAAACAACUUCUUAGAGAAAAGCCGGUUUUCCAGAUGAGUUCUCUCUGUUUUCAUACAUUUCCACUAAAUAUGGAGGAAUGUGUGUAUGAAGAUACAAUGAGCAGCGACACGAUGGAAAUCACCUGCUUAGACUCUGUCAGGCUGGAGAACGGAUCCAGUCGGUGUUCAGGCAGGCUGGAGGUGAAGUCCAACAACUCGUGGUCCUCCGUGUGUGAAGAUGACUUUGACCUGCUGGAUGCAGAGGUGGUCUGUAGGGAGCUGGGCUGUGGGGCUCCUUCAGUCCUCCAGGGGGCGCUCUAUGGAGAAGCAGAAGCUCCGAUAUUGACCAGAGAGUUUCUCUGUGAAGGUCAUGAGUCUGUUCUUCUGGACUGUGGAAGCUCAUGGAGGAAAACAAAAGCCUGUCCACCUGACAAAGCUGUUGGACUCACCUGCUCAGAUCCUGCUACUGUGAGACUGAUGGGAUCGAGUCGUUGUUCUGGUGAACUCCAGGUGAAAAUUGGAAGAGAAUGGAGAGCUUUUGAUGCCGAGGGAUUUCCAAGAACAGAGACAUUUGCAUUUGUGUGCAAGAACCUGAAGUGUGGAUCCCACGUUUCAUCAACAAAUAAACAACUUCUUAGAGAAAAGCUUGGUUUCCUGAUGAGUCUUACCUGCCUUCAUACAUUUCCACUAAAUACUGAGGAAUGUGUGUAUGACGAUACAAUGAGCAGCCAGACGAUGGAAAUCACCUGCUUAGACUCUGUCAGGCUGGAGAACGGAUCCAGUCGGUGUUCAGGCAGGCUGGAGGUGAAGUCCAACAACUCGUGGUCCUCCGUGUGUGAAGAUGACUUUGACCUGCUGGAUGCAGAGGUGGUCUGUAGGGAGCUGGGCUGUGGGGCUCCUUCAGUCCUCCAGGGGGCGCUCUAUGGAGAAGCAGAGGCUCCAAAGUGGAACAAAGAGUUUCUCUGUCAAGGUCACGAGUCUGCUCUCCUGGACUGCAACCACGCCAGACUAGAGAGAAGCUGCUUAGCGGACAAAGUUGUUGACCUCACCUGUUCAGGAAUCAUCCGCUUGGAGGGAGACGUCAGUCACUGUGCUGGAACACUGGAGAUGUUUUACGGAGGAGAAUGGGGACCAGUAGCUGAUUCUAACUGGAGCCGGGACUCCGCCUCUGCAGUGUGCGCUCAGCUGGGUUGUGGUUCUGCUCUGUCUUCUAGAAGCAAAGACAACUUUCUAAACAGAUCUGUGUGGUGGAUCCAGCCUCCGUGUGGCCUAUCACUGGAAGGCUGUUAUAUUAUGCAUGUGGUUGAUCACAGCGAAUCUACUCUUGAAAUAUUAUGUUCAGUCUCUGUUGUCGGUUUGAUGAUCCGUUGGUGUGUCGUCUCGGUGGGUUUGAUGGCGAUGAUCCUCGUCACCUGCUUCUACGCCACGACCGACAGAAAACCAGACGGAGAACACGAGAAGAACCGAGACGAUCCUGAUGGUUCUGGAUCUGGAGGCUGCACAGAGGAGAUGACUGCAGUGUGAAGGAAAGAAUGAACAGCUGAAAAACUCUGCAUUAGAUUUCAAGAUGUUCCAUAAACGUCAAUAUUAACAUUUUACCCAAACAAUUUUAAAGACAAAACUAAUGAGAAAAGUAGCUUGUUUAAAGAAAAUGUAAUUGUCAUUCUUGCUCAUGUAAUCCUAAUUUUGGACAAAGAGAAUGAGGUGACCGUUAGAUGCAGAUGUUGUACAAAAGCUGUGAAGUAAAAAGCGCUUUAUACACCAGAUUCAUGCUUCAAAAGUUGGAGCAAAUUAUUUUGGAAUGAUACCUGCUUUAUUGUUGAUGAACUCACUCUAGUUUUAAUGGGUCACGUUCAGAAAUCCUAGAAAAGAAAAUGGAGAAAAGAAAAGGUGUGAUGUUUUAAACGCACUAGAAGGAAUUUAAUUUAUAUUCAAGCUAAAAUGCAAGUUACAGGUCAACUGGUUGGAAUCUAGCAUCGCAUCCGAAUUCCUUCACCAUAUCGGGCGUUUGCAUUGACUGUACAUGAGAACUUGAUUGAGUGGCCCCUCCCCCUCUGGUGUUGAUACCUCAAUAAAUCCUUUGGUGCCCGCUUUGAAACAGUCCAUUUGAAACCUUUGAUUGACAGAUUCUCCUGAGACCGCUUUCAGGGGCAGAGGUGUAGACUUCCAACAAGCUUGCAGAGAGUGGUUGCCAUAGAAAUGUCACUCGGACCAAUAACUGUUUACUGACGGCGGCGUCUGAAUUGGGGAAAAUGGCGGCAUCAUUUUGCUGGAGGCGGUAGAUGGCUGUUUUCUAUGGGUGACAUCACACUGGCUCAGUCCAGUUCUCUCGUACAGCCAAUGGGCGUUCAUCUUUGUUUUGGGGUGUCCAGUGUGCACAGAUGCUCACUGGAUUGGCUAAUAUAGACAACAAUGCACUGCGUUUGAACUAUUUGUCAUU